UGUUGUUGGAGCUCUGAUCUUCUUGCAACCAUGCUAAUGAAACUUACCUUUUUACCAAAAUUAUACUUGUGUAAUAAAAAUCAAGCAGCAUUAUGCCCUCUCCUCACCAUCGCCUGCCGCCUUUUGUGAGCGCUCUCCGAAACCCCAUCACUUGGUUCUUUAUUAGCGUCCUAAUCCUUUAUCUUCUUUAUUCAUCCAAUGUCGCUCUGUACAAUGAUAAAGCCAACUGUUCUUUACCUUCUGAACUUCUUAACCCCAGAGAAGCUCUUCAAACAGUUGAACAUUUGAGCAAUUCGUCGCUCACGACGUCUCCAGAUGAGGAUCAUAAUAGUACUAGCCUUAUGCUUCCUCAAACAACAACACCACCACCACCACCACCACCACCAUCUAUUCAACGAUUUGAUACCAAGAUCAAACACAUUGCUUUUGGAAUUGCUGCAUCAGAGUUUUUUUGGGAGAAUAGGAAAGAGUACAUCAAACAAUGGUGGAGGCCAGGGGAAACUAGAGGGGUUGUUUGGUUGGAUAAGAAUGUAAGCACGGACAGGAAUGAAGGGUUGCCGGAAAUAAGGAUUUCUGGUGACACUUCGCAGUUUAAGUACACCAACACGCAGGGUGACCGAUCAGCAUUGAGGAUUGCAAGGGUAGUUUCUGAGACAUUGAGGCUGGGAAUGAAAGAUAUUAGAUGGUUUGUCAUGGGAGAUGAUGACACCGUGUUUAUGGUUGAGAAUGUGGUAAGAGUAUUGUCUAAGUAUGACCAUAAUGAGCUUUACUACAUCGGGUGUAUAUCAGAGAGUCAUGUUCAGAACAUAGUUUUCUCCUAUGCAAUGGCAUUUGGUGGAGGUGGAUUUGCGCUAAGCUAUCCAUUGGCAAAGGAGUUGGAGAGGAUUCACGAUCGAUGCAUUCAACGAUAUCCGGGACUGUAUGGAAGUGAUGAUAGAAUGCAGGCUUGCAUGGCAGAACUAGGUGUGCCACUCACUAGGGAACAUGGAUUUCAUCAGUAUGACGUGUAUGGGAAUCUAUUAGGACUUUUGGGAGCUCAUCCUGUAACUCCUCUGGUUUCGCUACACCACCUCGAUGUAUUGGAUCCAGUAUAUCCAAAAAUGACAAGAGUGCAGGCAAUUCAUCACCUAUUUGAAGCUGCCAAGUAUGAUAGUGCCAGUAUAGCACAGCAGUCCAUCUGCUACGACAGGAACCGUGAAUGGUCUAUCUCAGUUUCAUGGGGAUACGUUGUUCAGAUCAUAAGAGGAGUACUAUCGCCCAGAGAGCUAGAAAUGCCAACAAGAACGUUCCUCAAUUGGUACAAGAAGGCUGAUUACACUGCCUAUGCAUUUAAUACUAGGCCGUUCGCAAGGCAACCCUGCCAGAAGCCCUAUGUUUAUUACAUGACUUCUAUGAGAUAUGAUGAGAAAAGGAGACAAAUCGUUGCAUUCCAUUCUCUUAAUAAAGAUAGCUACCCUAAUUGUAGAUGGCAAAUGGACUCACCUGAAGAAAUUGAUGAUGUCAUCGUCAUGAAAAAGCCGGAUAAUGAUCGUUGGCAAAAGUCACCAAGGAGGGAUUGUUGUAGGGUUAUGCCAUCUGGUAAAAACUCAAGCAUGUACAUAUGGGUUGGCAAAUGCAGACAAGGGGAAAUUAGCGAAUUAUAGCUGUAACAGGAAAGGUGAAAUCAUUGCAAAGAUCAUGUACAGAGUAAACCAAGCUACAGAUGAUUUGAUUUUUAAGAAGUUAGGACUUUACAAAAGGCAGAACGGCCACUAUUGUGUAUACAUUUGUACCAAUGUAAUACAAACUUUGUAUGUAUGUAACUUUAUACUCAGAAAUCACUUGUUUUUUCCCC